GAAAUUUGUCAUAUAGUUGUUGUCUGCCGCAUCCUAUUUUGAAAUCUCUGCUCCCUCCCUCUGUUUCACUAAAUUAAUCCCCCGGCAUUCACACUUACAAGCAUUUAGCCUCGUAAACACAUUCCCUUCAUCUUCUCUCUCUAUAUAUACACACACACAUCUUCUUCUAAUUAAUAUAAAAACCUAUGGCGACAUUUGUUAGAGCAAAGGACCAAAAUGGGAAAGAUAGAGAAACUAGUAACAAAGUUUGGAUUGAAAACCCAAAUCAUAAGCUCAAAUCUGAACGCAAAGUGCCUGUUGUUUAUUAUCUCACUAGAAAUGGACAACUUGAACAUCCUCAUUUCAUGGAAGUUCCAAUUUCUUCCCCUGACGACGGACUUUAUCUUAGAGAUGUCAUCAACCGCUUGAAUUUUCUCAGGGGAAAAGGCAUCGCUUCCCUCUAUUCCUGGUCUGCCAAAAGAAGCUACAGAAAUGGAUUUGUGUGGCACGAUUUGGCGGACCAUGAUUUUAUAUAUCCAGCACACGGCCAAGAGUACGUUCUCAAAGGAUCACAACUUGUUGAGGGUGCAACAACUCUUUCCACAUCUAAAAAUCAGGUCUCGGAAGUGAGAAAACUCAGCGAAUUCCCGGCUGUAUCACGGCGGCGCAACCAGUCCUGGUGUUCUGCCGACUUCCACGAAUACAGAGUCUACAAAGCAGAGUCGUCCAGCAACGAAUACUCCGGCAAAGCCGCCGCCGAUGCGUCCACUCAGACAGACGAUCGCCGUCGCCGGCGAAGAGAAAUUGGAAUUGCUGAAGAGGAAGAAGAAGAAGAUUACCAGUCAACAGAAGUUAGCAUUUCACCUCCGCCGUCUGAUUCAAGUCCGGAAACACUUGAAACGUUGAUGAAAGCCGAUGGUAAGGUAAUCGUACGUCCAGAAACAGAUGAAACGGCUAAUACUAAUGAAUCGAAUGGGAAGAGCAGAGGAUCUUCCGUGUUGAUGCAAUUAUUAUCGUGUGGGUCAAUGUCGUUCAAGGACUGUGGGCCCGGUGGUUAUGGAAAAGAUCAUGGGCUUUCAUUGAUUUCCCAUUACAAAUCGAGGGUGCCACGUGGACCGGGAUUGCAUUCGGUGGCAGAGAUCACGGAGCAUCAGGGAAUCACAAAGCUAGAAGAUAAAGAAGAGUACUUGAGCGGAAGCUUAAUAGAGACAAACAAGGACGAAUAUCCAGCUCUGAAAAGAUCUUCAUCAUGGAAUGCAGAUCGGAGUGCAAAAUUGGAAAUAAGGGAGAAGGAGAUAGAAGGGGUGAGAGCAAAAUGCAUUCCAAGAAGGCCAAAGAAUCAAUCCAGCAGAAAGGAAUUAGGAAGAAGCAUUGACUUGUCUUGCGUUAGCAGUGGGGCAAGUAUUUCUAGUAGUAGCAGUAGCCAACAUGGUAGCAAAAGGCUAGUGGUUCCACCCCAACUGUAGAUGUACAGCUAAAUUAAGCAAUACUAGUUUAAGAAUGAUCAGUACCAUUCACCUAAACAAGUAUGUUGUAAAUACAAUGGAAUUAGCUAUAAAUUUCAUCUGCCAAAUCACUUGAAGUUAAUAUAAUUUUGAUAAUCUAUUA